AUGUGCCCUCAUCACACGCGCACACGCGCGGGAGACCGCGCGCCAGCAAACGAGGUGCUGGAGGCCUUCUCGCGAGGGAUCCAGGGAAUAGUCUCGACGGUGAGCAGGACAAGAGGCAUGGCAGUAUUUUCUCAGGAGCUCGCUGCGGUGUCCAAGAGCCUCACGGCACUGUCCAAGGGCCAAGCGGCGAUUUCCGCGAACCAGCACGAGGUGUUGAGGCGCACAGGAACAUGUCCAGCGACAUGCGCCGUGUUCUUGGCGGAGUCACAACGAUGUCGACUGUACUCGAACAACUGGCGGUAG